AUUUUUGUUGCCGCCGUAUACCAAGUCUGGUCAUGUCGCCAGCUAUUUCGCGCUGUACUCGCGGUCGGCAGUCGUGAUGCCAGCCUGAGGAGUGAUGUCGGGAAUUCGCCAACUCCACGUGUGGCUCCAGGCCACAGAGUGAGAAUGGUUUGGGUGCACAAACCAAGCACCGCAGCAGGCCUGGCCCAGUGACGAGGGCAGCUGCCUCAGAGCAAGAAGAAACGACGCACACGUGCACAGCAUGGUCCCGGCGGCCACUUCCACGAGGCCUCCGCGCCUUCCUUGUGCAAAGCCAUGCUUUCCGCAAGCUGCCAAAAUGGUACUGCAGAUGGCGGGUCACGUCCGGUCCAGUACGACGGAAACAUUUUCUCCAGCAUCUGUUUUCAGGGCAGCGGAGUGAUGGCCUCGCCACGGCCAAACCGCACUUUCAAUCGGAAUGCCAAGAAAGACAGUACUUCGCCUCACGACGGAACUCAGUCCAUUUACAAAGCAGACACCACCGAUUCAGCUGGCCUCAAUCGCGACUUUCUUCGCAGUCAGGCUCACUGGAUUCGCGACAUUCUCGAUCCUCAAGUCGCCCGCGAAGGACCCGAUGUGUUACAGUCAGAUGAUCUCUUGACCAUAGAUGAGCUGCUCCGAUCACUCUUGGAAUUGGGUAUUAGUCGAGACGACCUCGUCUACAGUCGCAUACAUCUGGCAGUCGGCACUAUUGCCAGUCUGGCAACCAGGUGGCCGAAAAAGCUCGUCGAAAAAUGUGACGCAUUGAAGGACAUCUGCGCUAGCAGGUUCGGAGACUUGCAAGCCACAUUGUUGUAUGAGCCGGGCGGAAGACUGCAUGGAAUAUGUGCCCCGGGCGAUUUGGACAAGGAGAAGCUGGUUGUCAAAUGGCUGAAGACUCCUGGCGCUCGUCUCAGCCCAAGUGUGGCAAGGAAAGUCGGCCACCUCGGAUUUGAGCCUGGAGAUUGGUGGAUCAGUGCACUCUUCGCGCAUCGCGAUGGUAUCAUCGACAGUGCAAGCAGUGAAGGAAGAAUUGUGUCUGACGCCGACGCUGCGUAUGCCAUUGUCAUGGCUGGCAGUGAUGAAGUUUUCUCACCAGAUGGUCAGACAACACAAUAUCGAGCCCGGAAUAACGAUCCAGGUCGUUAUCGUUUAACCGCAGCUUCCCCUGAAUCUCGACAUCCUAUUCGGGUGCUGCGGAGCCAUAGACUGAACAGUCUGUGGAGGCCGAGAGCAGGCCUGAGAUACGAAGGACUAUACAAGAUCGUCGGGUGGUCUUUGAAAUUCGACAAGAAAACCAACGAAACAAUAUAUAUCGUGAAUCUUAGGCGUCUCGCUGGCCAGAUCGACUUCGAGACAGUCCUAGCUCGUCCAUGGACCGACGAGGUUGAGGAUUACAAAGAAUACAAGCGCCUUCGGGAUCUUGAACACGCCAAGUCGAAAACAAGACAGGACAAGAAUCGAGCAUCGGCAGACUUGGCACCGACUCUUGCUGGUACGACUGAUGGCCCUGCCAUUGAAACGCAGAGAGUACGUGAACCCCCAGCUUCCGAAUUUCUGAUAUCUCCGUCCAGCGUAGUUCGCUGGACCAAGCAGAGACCACGCGGUUCGACGCAAUGAACGCACCGGAGGAGCACAUACGGUGGCCUCAGGAAUUGACUUGGGUCCUUCGAACUGGCAUGAGAAUCAGAAGAAGAUCGAGGUGAUGGUACAAGCAGUGUCGCAACGCU